AUGGUUCUUUUCACACAGCAAUUUUGUCAUGCUGUGGAGACAGAAAACGAACUUAUUGAACAAGUUUUUCCGAAUCUGCAACAAAAUAUUCUUGACGAAAAUUGGUUGUGUGAAAGAACCAUAUUGGCACCAAAAAAUCAGAUUGUUGCGAAAAUAAAUAAAAAAAUCUUGGCCGAAAUAAACAGCGAAACAUCAGUGUAUAAUUCCAUUGACACAGUUAUGUCAUCCGAUGACACUACAAGUUAUCCCGUAGAGUUCCUAAACUCUUUAGAGUUGUCCGGGGUGCCAUCACACAAGUUGGAAUUAAAGGUAGGUGUACCCGUUUUGUUAAUGCGUAACCUGGAUGCGCCAAGAUUAUGCAACGGUACUCGGUUGCGAGUUACCGAAUUAGGAAGGCAUAUAGUGAAGGCUACAAUUUUAACUGGAGAAGCCAAGGGAGACAAUGUUCUUAUACCGCGCAUCCCAAUCAUACCCAACAACUUGCCAUUCAAUUUUAAACGCCUGCAGUUCCCAUUAAAAGUCGCAUUUUCAAUGACGAUCAACAAAUCGCAGGGUCAAACCUUGAAGGUAGCAGGCCUACAUUUGGGCACGCCAUGUUUUUCUCACGGUCAGCUCUAUGUGGCUUGCUCACGUGUUUCCAAAGCGAAGAAUCUGCAUGUUUAUGCUGAAGGAAAAAGAUCGUUAAAUGUAGUUUAUAGGAGCAUACUGCAGUAG